AUGGCGGACGGAGGCCAUCCGAACCUGAACCUGACACCAGAGGAGAAGCGGGUGUUUUAUAAACUAUUUCAAGCGGCGGAUAAGACAAAUCUCGGCGUUAUAACUGGUGAAGUGGCCGUUUCUUUCUUUGAGAGGAGCAAUCUUCCUGCGGAAACGUUGGGUUUGAUAUGGCAAAUUGCUGAUACGCAGAAUCGCGGGCUCCUGACCCCGUCUGGGUUUGGAGUGGUUAUGCGGUUGAUCGGACAUGCGCAAGCUGGCCAAGCACCGACGGAAGAAUUGGCAUUGCAACCUGGUCCAUUGCCGAAGUUUACUGGAUUAAAUGAUGAUAUUAUGGAGCCCAUGCCACAGGCGGCACCAGUCACGGCCAGUCCCCCGCCAGGAACGGCACCUGUUAGAAUCCCACCUUUGGUUCCCGAAGACGUUGCUAAGUUUACUUCGUUGUUUGAGAGGUCAGAUGUUCAGAAUGGGCUUCUCUCAGGUGAAAAUGCGAAACAGAUAUUUGAACGCGCACGAUUGCCAAAUGAAGUUUUGGGGAAAAUAUGGAAUCUGGCGGACACGAAACAACGAGGCGCUUUAGAUGCGACAGAAUUUAUCAUUGCCAUGCAUUUGUUAAGUGCGUAUCGAAAUGGCACGAUGAGGAUCUUACCUCAGUCCCUCCCUCCUGGUUUUUACGAUGCGGCUGCUCGACAUGGUGGCGUGCGGAUCUCAACUGGUUCGCGGUCCUCCACAGAUAUACCCCCCGUACCUGCUAUUCCGAAGCAAUUCAGUGGAUCAGGACUUCCCCAACGAGCACAGAGUCCCCUCAGUCGACCACCCCAGUUCCAGUCAAGUAUCCCCGUGCAGUCUACCGGGAGCGACUGGGCAAUUACGCCCCAGGAAAAAGCUCAUUUUGAUACCGUGUUCACUACUGUUGAUAAAGCAAAUUUGGGUUAUAUCACUGGCGAUCAGGCGGUUGAAUUCUUCACCCAUGCGCAGUUGCCAGAGGAAACCUUGGCCUCCAUAUGGGACUUGGCCGAUAUUGACUCCGAUGGUCAGUUGAGUAAGGAUGAGUUUGCGGUUGCAAUCCCACUCCCCGCUCCCCGGCUAGUCCCACAAAACACAGCGCAACGCUCUGCGGCAGAGGAUUUGUUUGGACUGGAUGUGUUUGGACCCCCGCCUCAAGUGGCCCAGCAAGUGGCCCAGACCACUGGUAGCUCCAAUACUCACCAGUCUCCCUCAUCGCCCACCCAGUCACCACUUGGGACUUCAGCAACAUCAGCAUUCAAACCAUUCAUUCCCUCAUCGAGCUUUGGCCAGAGUCUCACCCCGCAUGCGACGGGCUUAUCGAACGCAUCUACACAACAUCGAUCUCCACCACCGUUGCCAGCGUCGCAUGAUCUAUUGGGCGAUGUCGAUCCUGAAGAGAGCAAGAAGUUGACGCAAGACACCACAGAUUUAGCAAAUCUCUCAAACCAGAUUGGUAGCUUGUCAAAGGAGAUGCAGAACAUGCAGGGGAAACGUGCGGUGGCUGAGCAGGAUUUAAACAAAACUAGCCAGCAGAAGAAAGAUUUUGAAUCCAGACUAGCUCAAGCUAGAGCAAUGUUUGACCAGGAAAUGAAAGAUUUCAAGGCUCUAGAAGAUCGGUUAGCGGCGUCUCGUACAGAAACGAAGAAGUUACAACAGGAUUUUGCCUUGAUUGACGCUAGUCGCCAGGAUCUCCAAAACCAAUAUAACCAAGUGAAUGCUGCACUGGACGCUGACCAACGCGAGAGCGCUAGCCUCAAGGAAAAAAUCCGCCAGGCUAACGCGCAAGUUAAUCAAUUGAAGCCGCAGUUGGAAAAGGUCCGGUCUGCUGCUCGUCAGCAAAAGGGUCUAGUGGCCAUCAACAAGAAGCAGCUUGCAACCGUUGAAGGCGAGCGCGAUCGAAUGCAAGGUGAAAUCGAUAGCACAAUCAGGGAGGUAGAAGCGCUACAGCACCAACAAUCUCAAGCUUCCACUCCCAUUUCCCAACCUACUUCUGUUACAAGCCCUGCACCUUCAACCUCAAGCCAAACGAACCCCUUUUUCAGACGAACGACGGGUUUGUCUGAAAACUUUAUUCCUCCUCCAGUAUCCCCCCAGGAAUCACCAAGAGAUUCCCAGAGCGUAUAUGAGAAUGUUUUUGGCCCAUCGUUUACCCUUCCUACUUCCACGGCCACUCCACCGCCACCAACGUCACUUCGAACUGAAUCCCCCGCCCAAAACACCCUAACAGCGGGGGCCGGGCCUCAAAAGACAUCAGAUACAUCCGGUUUCUUGACCCCGUCUGCCUCUCCCAACUCAUUCGAGCCUCCCCCUCCCUCACAAUCUCAGCAAAUCUCAUCCAGCCAGCUUCCAAUUGAAGGCCACCAAGCCUCAGAGGCUUCUUCUGUCAAACCGUCCCCGCCAGCUAGUCGUUUUGGAACUUCUGUAGUCUCAGAAUCCGAUACACGCUCGUCAACGAAGUCUCCAUUCAAUAUUACAGUGGCAAAACCUGAGGAAGAUCUGGAGAAAGUGUCAAGCGUGUCGGACGGAGGCAGCAGCCAGGCUCGACAUCAGCAUGAAGCUUCUCCUGUUCCUGGCUCCUUCCCUGCAGACUUAGCGCCAUCUGGAUCUGUUAAGAAGGAUGUCAGCUUUGACGAACUAUUUGGUGGUGUUGCCCAUGCUCGAUCCCCUUCUCAAAAAGCCAAUGACUUUGAGGAGGCCUUUGCGGCUAUGAAAAUGAAAAGCGGGAGCAGCGGUUCUGGAAUCCCAGAAUCCAGUGGCUCUAAGUCGAAGGAGGAAUCGAAAGAGUUCCCUCCAAUUCAAGAGCUGGAUGACGAUGAUGAGAGUACAGAUAGUGAAGCGGCCAGGGGUUUCGAUGAUGAUUUCUCACCUGCUUCACCGCCACGUCCAAGUGAGACAACUUCCCGGGACAUCGUUGCCCCUAAGCCAUUCUCCCCAGCCUCCGAAAGUUCAUUCCUGUCCAAAACGAACGGCCAGGACACCUCGAAGGAAGCCUCAUCCGCUGCGCGGCGCGAAUCUAACGGCAUGUCAUCAGUUGAGGUAAACAGCACAAGAACCUCUCAGCCAGCUGAACCAAGCAAGAAUAAAUCAGCAGCUACUGAUUUCGAGGCGGCUUUCGCGGGUUUAGACCUCGCACCAGCAAGAGAAGCAGACGACGAUGAAGACGAUUUUGAAUCACCAUUCAACAAAGACACAUCGAAUUUUGACAUGACAUUUGACUCACCCGUUGCACCGUCGAAAUCAAGCACAAUUGCCAAUGCCACAUUCACUUCCAGCACAGGAUCAGGCAUCAACAUUGUAGACCCUGAUUUCUUCAGCUUCGACAACCAACAACAGCAAAACCAAAAAUCAUCCUCCCCUUCUCCCUUCUCACAGAAAUUGGGCCCCUCAACAGCUCAAGCACCCUCUUCAGGAAACAGUACACAAGACUGGGACGCCCUUUUCUCCGUCCUCGACCGCUCAAAACUGCCCCCCUACGACUCCAAUAGCAACAAUAAGGGCGCGUCUUCGACACAGCAAUCGGAUGCCGCAGCAAUAUCCUCUUUUCCCCAGCCACCAGGAAAGGACGUCAAGCCACCCGGCUGGGCACUUGGUGCCGAUUCGGGCGAGGACGAUUUGAUUCUACAGCGGUUGACGGGGAUGGGGUACCCGCGGGACGAAUCAUUGGCGGCUCUGGAGAAAUUUGACUAUAAUCUUGAGCAGGUGGGUUGA